AUGCGAGCUUGCUGGUGCGAAGGAAAUUACUUUGCCUAUACACAGACUGCUCGCACAAUAAUUCGCAGUCUCCGUUUGCCAUUUUUUUGUUCGCCCUGUCUCCAGGAAAUGGAGCAACAUGGUCGAUCAGCAAACGACACUAGAAAUAUUUCGUUUUGUCUGUUCGGCCUAAUAUUGAUCGUGAUGAAACCCGGCUUUCUAGUUGAACUAAUGUAUAAGAAGGACAGGAUUU